AUGACAUCAAAUAUCGUGAGUACAGAUAACAACAAUCCUGCAGGUGACGAUAUUGACAAUUACCAAGCACAAGGACAAAUAGAGCUCUGUGACUGUACCAUUUUAAGGCCAACAAAACUAUUUAAGGCAGCUGAAAAAAGGGAUAUUGUGGAUAAACUAUCGAAGAUAAGACAUAGUAUCAAAGAAAUUAAGCAACAGUCAACAGCAUCUAUGAAAUUACAAAAAGCUUUGACUGAUUGUAAACCUGACAAAAUAGAGUACUUUAACCAUAGAGUUAGAGAACUUAAACAGAAAAUUUUCUUGGUGGAAACCAAUUCUUACAAUUCCCGAGCUACUUGUCUUCAAGGCUGGGUGGUAUGGAUUUUCACCAUAAUGAAAUAUUGCUCCAUGAUUGCUAUAAUUCCAGCAGGUGUAAUAGGCUUUCUCCAAUUAAAGGUGAUAUAUUUGAUACUAAUACUAGUGGCUGCUGUGGUAGGUAUAUUGUCAAAAGUUAUAAUAAGACAGCAACCAGAAUAUACACAAAGAUACCUUAAGUGUUGUUUUACUGUUGCUCUAUUAUUUAUAAGAAGAUUUGUGGUGUCCCGUAUUGAGACAAUGGUCGCACAUGUCGAUAAACAUAAAUAG